AAUUUUGAUCCGAAUCUGGAUCAAAUUGCAUAUAAAAAUUGUGUGUUGAAUGGGAUAUUUAUAUAAACCAGUAUAAAUUAUCGAUUUCAAUCUGUUUUUUUACUUAUCAUUUCAAUUGCUUUCUGAAGAGAAGAUAUUUGUCACAAGAAAAUUUAGAUUCUUACAACUGAUCUUGUAAUCGCCACUAUGAGUGACAACACCAAAGAAAUGAAAAAUGAGAUUGAAAAUAAGGAAUUAAACGAUUUGCUGGACAGUGCUUUAGCAGAUUUCGAUAAACUCUCUGUGCCAAGUGCUAAACAGGACAGUGUUGAAGUUGCAUCAGAUCCACAGAAGCAAACAGAAAAAUAUGAAACAUCUGAAAAUAAUGAAAAGGACUGGACGGAAGACUUUUUCAAACAAACGAUAGAUCAAAUGGAUAAAAAUUUGCAAAACUUUGCAGAAACUUUGAAAAAUGGUGAUGAAGAAUUGAAUGAACUUAAAUCUGUUCUUCAAACACUUGAACAAGCUUCAGCUAGUAAUGCAACAGAUGGAGAAGACAAUAUUUCUGCAGAAUUUGAAUCAGCUAUUUCACAAGUUAUAAAGUCCUUAUCUGUACCAAGUGAAAAUAUACAGAGUGAGACAGAUUGCUUAGCAGCUAUGCUUGGACAAACAUCUUUGGAUAGCGACGGUGGUGAUGUAUUAUCUUUUGUGCAAGGAAUGAUGCAACAACUUUUAUCAAAAGAAAUACUUUAUCCAAUAUUGAAAGAAGUGUUGGACAAAUAUCCAGCUUGGUUAGAGGAACACAAAGCAACUUUGAGCCCUUCAGAUCUACAAAAAUAUACAAAACAAUUUGAGUUGUUGCAAAAGGUAUGUUCUGAGUUGGAAAAAGAAAAGGAAGAUGAUACUAAAGAGAUUAAGCAACGACGUUUUGAGACCAUAAUGUCGCUUAUGCAAGAAAUAGAAAAGUGUGGUCAGUUACCGCAGGAACUAGCAUCAACAGUUAUUCAAGAUUCUAAGGGAAAUUUUCUGGAUGAAAUUAGCUCUGUAUUAUGCAGAAAUAUAUAAUUAUAUGUAAAUGUAGUUGUUAUCGGAAUAUUUCAUUGUAUCAAUGGUUUUUAUAAUUUAUAUUUUGGCAAAAUGCUAAGAUAUGCUUGGUUAUUAUCUCUCAAUGGAUUAGAAACAUAUAGAUUUUACAAAAUAUGUGGGAAUACUAACAACCGGUGAUAUUGGAUUGAGUUAAAGGCGACUUUUUCAGUAUGUUUUUAGUUGUAAUCUUGGUUGAUUUUGACAAUAAAUUUUAAUUAAAAAGA